AUAGAGGGGAUAUAAGAUUUUGCAAGGACAAUGAAAUACCCUAAAAUAAAAAAGCAAAGAGGAGCAGAGAAACCCCACACCUAAAGGCCACAACAACAGCAUAGUAUAGUUGCACUUGCACACCUAAAGAAAGUAGAAAAAAAGGGGUAAGAACAAACUACAAAGUAGCAGACCCUCCCUUUAAGGAAAGAAAUCCUAAACCAAAAAAACCCCUUCCACACCUUCUCUAUACUUCUUACUACUUCUUCUUCAACAAGCCGUACUAACUAACCGCCUUUGCUUUCUUACUCCCCUCACCACUGAUUUUCUCCCAGCUUUUCUUUCUUAUCUAUCUCUUCUUCUUUACCCUACUUCUUCUCUAUUUUUGGAACAAGGUACAAACUAUAUUUAUAUAUAUAUAUAUAUAUAUAUAUAUAUAUAUAUACAGAGAGAGAUUGUUUAAGGGGAGAAAGAGAUUUUUUUGUGGGUCACUCUUAUAGUAUAAUAUUAUAUUAUAAAAAAAGGAACUUUUUUUUUUGAAAGGAAAGAUUUCAGUUUCUGGGUUUUUUUUUCAUUGAGUUUGCAUGUCAAAGUUUCAGAUUUUCUGAGAUGGGUUCACUUCAUUUCUGUGUUGAAGCAGCUCUUUUGUAAGUUUUUUUUCUUGUAAAAUUAGAUUAGAUAAGGUUUUUUGAUUUAGGGAAUGAAAAUUAAGAAAAAAUUGAGAUUUGAAGUUGGAGUUUGGGUUGCUUGUAUUGCUUUCCCUAUUUAGCUCAAAAGAAGCAAAAGCACUAGAAUCUAGGAGAGAGAGAGAGAAAAACAAGGUGGGUUUUUUGAGGAGUAAUUUCAAUUCAAUGCAAGUUCAAGUGUUCAACAAACAAAAUCAUACACAACUCUAGUAGAGUAGUUUUUGACAAAAACCAAGUUUUACUAAAAAAAAAAAGUGGUUUCUCCACUUAGCUUUUUCCUUGACUUAAUGCCAAGUUGAAGUUACCUUAUCAAAUUGGCCUUUGUUUGGUAAGAAAAUCUAAAUCUAAAGAAAAGAUAAGAGAGAGAAAGAAAUAGUGUAGUAUUUGGUGUAAUAUUUGGUGUGGGUUUGUUGGAUUUAUUGAAAAAGAUGGCAAACAGGUGGUGGGCUGGUAAUGUAGCCAUGAGAGGGGUUGAACAAUUGUCUUGUGACCAAAAUAAGGUUGAGCAACAAGACAAUGAUACCAACAAUAACAAUAAUAAUAAUAGCAACAACAACAACGGUAUGCCGAACCCGGAAUCAGAUGACAGCAGGGAGAAUAACCCUGAAUCAGAAGACAAUCAGAAUCUGAGCUGUGGUGGUGGUGGUGGUGUUGGUGGUGGUGGGCUUGAAAUGGUGGAGUUUGGAAGUGGUGGAAAUAGUGGUGGUAGUAGUGGGAGGAGGCCGAGAGGCCGUCCUCCGGGUUCGAAAAAUAAGCCAAAACCACCAAUUGUGAUAACUAAAGAGAGCCCCAAUGCAUUGAGAAGUCAUGUAUUGGAGGUAACAUCUGGUGCUGAUAUAGCUGAUAGCCUAGCUACUUUUGCUCAGCGCCGACACCGUGGUGUAUCGGUGCUGAGUGGAAGUGGGAUUGUCACAAAUGUGACACUCCGCCAACCAGCUGCACCAGGUGGGGUUGUAACCCUUCAUGGCCGGUUCGAGAUCCUUUCGCUUUCGGGUGCGUUUCUCCCUUCACCCUCCCCACCUGGUGCAACUGGGUUAACAGUGUAUUUAGCUGGUGGUCAAGGUCAGGUAGUUGGUGGUAGUGUUGUUGGACCACUUAUUGCAUCAGGUCCUGUGCUAGUCAUUGCUGCUACAUUUAGCAAUGCCACUUAUGAACGACUUCCAGUUGAUCAAGAACAAGAUCAAGAUCAAGAUCAGUCCAAUGCAAUCCCUGAGGGGAAUGCUGGAGAUGCCGGAGGCGGAGGCGGGACUGGAACCCCUGAAGCAGUACAGCAGACAGGUCCGACAGGCGGUGGAGGAGGUUCGGCUUCGCAACAAUCGCAUGGGAGUGGUUUGACAGGAGGAGGUGGUGCUGGUGCAGCAUCUGAUCCAAGUACGUCUUCAAUGCCAAUGCCUAUAUAUAAUUUGCCUCCUAAUUUGCUACCUAAUGGCCAGUUGCCUCAUGAUAUGUUUUGGGCUCCUCCUCCACGCCCUCCUCCUUAUUAGAAACAAAGGUUGAUUAUAUUGUUGUUAGCUUUGAAGUUUGGACUAACAAGAUUUUGUCAAAAACAUACUAGAUUUGCUUUUAUUUUGUGGGUUAGCUCUUGUAAGAAUUAGCUAGGAUUUGCAAUGGUAAUAUAGUAAGUUUAAUUAGGACUUCUUUUUUCCCCUUAUUUAGCGGAUGGAUGAUUAAUCAAUUUAGAUGUAUGUUAGAAGCUCAGCUUGAUGAUCUUUGUCAUAUUAAUUAUAAUUUCUUUUGGGGUUUAA